GUAGCAGAGCUCCUCUAACUUCUCACCAGUAGCCCACAUCAGCUCUGAGGAGCGGGGCGUGGACUCAGUCCGACUGUUCUACUCCAGAGUCUGAGGAGACGACCGAAAAAAAAAGAAGAAGGAGCGGACCAGAAACCGAUCGAUUCACAGCUGGCUACAUGUUCCUGAUCUCCAAACUUUUUCAAGGAGUGUACAGUGAAGAGAGGCAGCCUACAGCAUAACCAUGGAUGACAUCUUCACACAGUGUCGAGAAGGGAACUCCGUGGCCGUUCGCCUGUGGUUGGACAACACAGAGAAUGACCUCAACUUGGGUGACGACCACGGCUUCAGCCCCCUCCACUGGGCAUGCAGGGAAGGGAGGAGUGGCGUCGUUGACAUGCUCAUCAUGAGAGGCGCUCGUAUUAACGUGAUGAACCGUGGAGAUGACACCCCACUGCAUCUCGCCUCAAGUCACGGACACAGAGACAUCGUGGCUAAGCUGAUUCAGUGCAAAGCUGACCCCAAUACUGUCAACGAGCAUGGAAACACACCGCUCCACUACGCCUGCUUCUGGGGCCAAGAUGAAGUGGCAGAGGACUUGGUAGCCAGUGGUGCCCAAGUGUGCGUAUGUAACAGGUAUGGACAGACACCUCUGGACAAGGCCAAGCCUCACCUAAGACAGCUGCUCCAAGAAAAAGCAGAGAAAAUGGGCCAGAGUAUGACCAAAGUCCCCUAUAAGGAAACUUUCUGGAAGGGCACCAUGCGAACACGACCUCGUAAUGGUACCCUCAACAAGCAGGCUGGCAUUGAUUAUAAGCAGCUUUCGCUUCUGGCAAAGAUCAAUGAGAACCAGUCCGGAGAGUUAUGGCAGGGUCGGUGGCAGGGAGACGAGAUUAUAGUGAAGGUGCUGCAGGUGAGAGACUGGACCACCAGGAAGAGCAGAGACUUCAACGAGGAGCAUCCGAAACUCAGGAUCUUUUCUCAUCCAAACAUUCUGCCUGUGCUCGGGGCCUGUCAGGCACCUCCAUCCCCUCACCCUAUCAUCAUUACCCACUACAUGCCGUACGGAUCCCUCUUCAACAUACUCCACCAGGGCACUACUCUGGUGGUGGACCAAAGCCAGGCAGUAAAGUUUGCAUUGGACAUUGCCAGCGGCAUGGCUUUCCUGCACACCUUAGAACCAAUGGUUUCACGGCUUUACCUCAACAGUAAACAUGUCAUGAUUGAUGAGGACAUGACAGCCAGAAUAAGCAUGGCAGAUGCGAAGUUCUCCUUCCAGUGUCCUGGUCGUAUGUACUCUCCAGCAUGGAUGGCCCCUGAAGCCCUGCAGAAGAGGCCCGAGGACAUAAACAGGAGAUCUGCUGAUAUGUGGAGCUUCUCUGUGUUACUGUGGGAGCUGGUUACCAGGGAGGUCCCCUUUGCUGACCUCUCACACAUGGAGAUAGGCAUGAAGGUGGCUCUCGAAGGUCUCCGGCCAACCAUUCCUCCGGGCAUUUCACCUCAUAUCUGUAAGCUUAUGAGGCUCUGCAUGAAUGAAGACCCAGCCAAGAGACCCAAGUUUGACAUGAUCGUCCCCAUCCUGGAAAAGAUGCAAGACAAGUGAAUGCAUUCGCGUUCGAUUUGUACACUCCUGUUAUAGCUUUUUUUUUUAUCAUCAAACCACUCUGUAUCUUCACUUAAAUCAUGUAUCUGCUAAGCCACUGUAAAUAAUGUCAAAGACCACUUCAGCUACACAAUUCAAACAAUAAGUAUUAUAUUGCUUUUCUUGUAUAAUUUAAAUUCGAGGUAUAAAUGUUCUUUAGCUUGACUAUGUUGCUCUUUUAUGGAAAUCUGUUCAUUGAAAACACUGGCAAACCUUUUGCUCCAGUGUGUUCAGUGAGGAGUUGGACAGAAACAGAUCCAAAUAAAUGUGUAUAGAAACAAUACUUUUAUACAUGUUAGCGAAAACCAAUGCAAUAAAUGUUUUAUAUUUAUGACAAA